AUGGCUUCAUCACCAUGCAAAAACAACCAGGAGAUCUUGGGGGAGCCCUCGAUGAGCCGGGAUCAUGAUGAAGCUUCGCCGCCGUGCCACCAAGACCUCCCGGACGAGAUCAUCGAGGACAUCUUCGUGCAUAUGCCGGCCAAGUCGGUGCUCCGGUGCCGCUGCCUUUCCCGCGCCUGGGCCGCCACGCUGUCCUCGGACGCCCUCGUCGACAGACACUUCGACCUCGCCAACCGCCACCGCGAGGUUCGGCUACGUCACGCCGCCGCCUGGCACGGCCGUCAUUGCGUCAAGACAUUCGCGCUGGCGGAGCUCGCUGGAUGCUUGUGCCUUCUCUCGGCGCCCCAUUGUCCCAAGUCGAGCCUGGAAUCCGUUGACAUCUGGUUACUGACCGACUACACCACGGGAUCAUGGGAGAAACACUGGCACAUCGACCUGACCAAGCUGCCGCCGCCGCCGCCGGAAGUGGGCGACGACUUCAUGUUCAACGGCGUCACUCCGCUCGCCCUCGUCGACGGCGGCCGGCGCAUACUCUUUGUCUCGAGAGAGUAUCAGGUGGCAGCGUACUGCCUCGCCACCGGGACCCUCGAGGAGCUCGUGCCGGACCCAGGCUUUGGCAGUCGCGGCAACGGAGGAGCGCACCAUCACCUCCCCCGGCUCCCCGUGCCCUACGAGGAGAGCCUCGUGCCCGCCGGACUGCCGUUCCAGGACAUCCUAUGGUCGUCGCCGCCUGCGCGUGCUCUGUCCGUGGCGCUGCGCCGGCUGCCGGCGCGCACGCUCGGGCGCCUCAAGCUCGUGUGCAGGAGCUGGCGCGCCAUACUCGAAAGCGACCGCUUCGCGACCCAGCACAACGCCACCGCCAUAGCGACGGCGGCGACCAGUCCCGUGUCCGUCGCGUUCCUGGCCCGCUUCGGCGCAACGACAGCUCCCGAUGUUCCUGGGGAGGUUUUGGAAUUGGAUCUCCUCACCGGGACGGUCGUCUCACUGGAGUCGUGCUCCGGUGACCCCGGAGCUGGCCGCUGGAACCCUCCCCUGUCCACGACCAGGGUGGUGUGCCGCACGCCAUGCCACGGCCUCGUCCUCCUGAGCCACCUAAGUGGAAAGCGCCAUGUCGUGUGCAACCCUGUGACGCGAGCCGUGAGAAACUUCGUCUUCCCCGAACAAGGUUACGGAUGCGCCGGCCUUGGGGUGUGGCCGGCGAGGGAUCUGUGUCCGAGAACACUCGACUCUCAGCCGCCCAUCCCUGCGGCGGUCGACGUGCCGCCGGUCCACGUCGGCGGCAAGAUGUACUGGCCCUGGGAGCCGCGGCUCGGGACCGCCGCCGCAGAGUUCGCCAUCCUGGCGUUCGACGUACGUGCCGAGACCUUCGGGGUCGUGCCGGCGCCGCCUGCUCUGUUAGGUGACGUGGACAGCGGCGACAGGAUGGUCCGCGCGGAGCUCGCCGGGAAGCUGUGCGCGGUGAACUUGUCCGCGAGCGUGGAGACCGUGACUGUGUGGGGCAAGAACGUGGAGGGGUGGAGCAGAGAGCACGUUAUAGAGCUGCAGCAGUGGCCGGAGUUCUCACCACGGACGACGGAGCUAGCAGUGAUGCCCAUGGCCGUCGACCCCAUAGAUGGCCGGAUCUUGCUGGACACGGGCAAGGCACUGGGCUACUAUGGCAUGCGGAACGGGACUUUGCAGACAGUGUACUCGCUCGAGACGCAUCUCGAAUAUCGCUAUCACAACCAUGGUGAUGGAGUGUUCUUCAUUGCGACAGUUUGUGAGGACAGCUUGCUCCGUCCCUACGAUCGAAAGUCUAGGCUUUGA